AUGGGAUGGAUUCCAAAGGUAUUUGUAUCCGUAGAUGUAGCGCAAGGUGACCACUUUCACUGUCGGCAGGGUAUCUCCAAUGUCAAUUCGUAA